AUGGCAGAAGUAUUAAAGGAAUGGCUUUCACAACGAUUACAAAGACCUAUCAAUUGGGAAGCUGAGGAAUUUGGUAACAAAAUGAAAAACGGCUACAUUAUCUCUUGUGUACUACGUAGCUACCACAUCAUAGAUGAUGAUAAACAUUAUUUUAUUAGAGAUGGUGACAAUGUUGAAGAAAUUAAGAACAAUUGGAAACUCUUAAAGGAUUGGCUGAAGACGAUCGAUAUUACUCCUUCCGAUGCUGAUAUUAAAAGUAUGAUAGAAGGUAGAGGCUCUACGCUAUUACGUUUGUUUUAUCAAUUAUUUCUCCACCUAGAUAAAAAGGAUCGGACAAACUUUGUCAAAAGAGAAAGAAAAAUGGCAUCGAAUCUCGUUGAGAAAAUUGAUCAUCGAUUUACUAUCAGUAGUGUAUUCGAAGAACCAGAACCUUUUGUAGACGAUUUGUCUCGACCAUUAUUAAACGAAAAAAAGUUAAUAGAGUGGCAAAAAAUAAAAUCCCAGCAAGUUAAAGAUACGUAUGAUUUUAUCAGGCAUAAAUAUUCUAAGAUGUUAAAUGAAAUUAAAAAGAAGUCCAUACCCGUACAACAAUCCGGUGAGAGACCAAAACGUAUUUCAGAUAAGGACAAAAAGGAUAUGACAAAAUUUGGUCUUAAGAAUCCGUGUAAGUUUGAAAAUAUGACGUACGAAAAAUUGAUUGAUUUAGAACAAAAAGCUAAUGAGCGAAAGAAAACUUUUAUUGAUUCGGAAUGGGCACAAAAAUAUAUGGAAAAUAUGCACACUAAAAUAAAUAAAAACUCUGAUUCGGAAGAAUUUCAUAAGCAAAUCAGAAACGUUAUAAGUGGUACCUUAUGGGAUAUGACGGUAGCAGAAGAAGAGUCAAAUCAUGACACGGAGCUUGCAAAAAAAGUAAUGAAAUUGUCCCAAUUUGAAAAACAAAUGGUCACACAAAUAAUGGAAACAAGACAACAAGCUCGUAAUUUGGUCAAGAACAGAAUAACAGGUGAAGCGGAGUUUACUGAUCAAAGAACUAACCAAUUCAAUCAGUAUUUUGAUAACCUUAAGGAAGAAAUUGCACUAGGUCAUCAAGAAAUUGAUUUCGAGGAACAAAGACAGAAAAUGCUUCAUAAAAGGUUAUAUGCAGAGAAAAUGAAAAGAAAGCGUCAGCAUUAUUAUGAGAUUUGUUAUGAUACAGUCCUAGCUAUAGUGGACUAUGCCACAAAAUUUGCUUAUUUUAAACUGUUACUUGAAAACGACAUUCCCGAUCAUUUUAUACAUGAAUGGAAAAAUUUAUUUUUCAAAAAACAGCCUAUAUUUGACAUUUUUGAGCCCACAGAAAAUAUUUUAAAGGAUAAUUUAUAUGAGGAGACAAAUACUGAAGAGGAAAUAAUAAGACUUGAACUUGUUCGACAGCAAGCUAUGAACGAUUCUGAAUUUAUAGAAUAUCAUAACUAUAUGUAUCCGUGGAUACUUAGCACUUUGAUUCCUAAUUACGAUCCAGAUUCUGAAGAGAGGAAAUUUGAAAAUUUAGGAUCAAGAAUACUUGGACAUGUGGUAUAUACUCUACUUGAAAUUAAAUAUCCAUACCCUCCACAACGUCCUCCGGCUGAGUUACCCAAUUUCGUAUCCAAAGCUCUAGUCCGAGGUGUUCCAGAUAAGUCUAUAACGGUAGCAAUGCAAAUUUUAUUGAAAGCACGGAAAAUUCAUGUUGUACGAAUAGAGGCUGCUGUUAAUUUCAGUUUACGCAAGUUUAAAGUAGAAAUGAUAGGUUGCACUGACAUAGAACUAUCUUUUGAUAAAUUUUUAAUGGCAGCGCAGGAAGAAGAAGACAAAGAGUUAAUUAAGUUAUUAAAAGCUGAAGAUGAAAUUAUAAGUAAGAGUAGUGAAGCAAUUAUGGCGGCUAUAACAGGGCCUCAACCCCCAAAUGUAAAACAAACUCAAACACCAAAAACUAUUCCUGAAGAAGAAAUUGUUUUAUCACAUGCUGCAGAUCUCGGCAGAUAUGCAUACAAUUCUUUAGAAGCAGGAGAUUCGUUAACUGAUUAUCUGAUUGCAGCUAUGAUUGUGGAAUAUCUCAAGGACCAACAUGACAUUAAUGGAUUUGUAAUAAUAAACUAUCCGAAUUCUUAUCACGAAGCACAAAUAUUAGAGGAAACAUUUUCAGGUAGAUAUCCGCCGGAUGAAAAAGAAUUAGAUGAUAGUGACGAUGUUUAUCUAGAAGAAAGCAUAGUUAAACAUCGAAAAGUAGAAAAUGACCCUUUUAAAGAAUUAAGAGUUUCGAAAUUGGUUAAUGACCCACAUAAGAAAAUAAGGGAUCAACCAUUUGAAUGUUAUUUUACAUGUUAUUUAAAUUUAAAGGAGAGUGAAGAUAUUCUUAGAGAGUUUGUAAUAUGGGAGCUAAAUGAAGAAAAUUCUGACUUCAUUGAUAGAUUUUAUGCUGCACUAGGAAUCAAUUAUAGUAUGUACUAUGAAGUUAUCGAAAAGGAACAAUUAGGUUUGAUUUGUAAGUACAUAAUAGGAGAUCAUUCAAUGCCGAUGAAGUCUUACGAAAAUCUUUUUGGAGAGAAUGUCAUGAGUACUUUAGAUUUUCCAUCAUCAGAUGUUAGGAAAAUGAGGUCAAAACUAGUUAAAUCAGAAAUAAUGAAUGGUAAGUCUAAAGAAAAAAUUCCUCGUGGAUCGAAAAGUCGUUUAUCCGUUACCACUGAGCUCAAACUAGUGAAAUCCACUGAUUCAAAGUCAGAAAAUACAGCAGAUGAAGAGCCAUCAAUAAAAAUGAUUAAUGAAGAAUUUGAGAAUAAAUCUUCAAAGACAUCACUCAGCGUAGAUGAGAUUAAACUUCUAGCAGGUGAGGAGAAUUGGAAUUACGGUGUGAUACCGAUAGCUGAAAUUAUUGGAACUGCAUUAGCCACAUGCUGGGAAGAGAUAGAGAAAAUAUAUAUCAAUGACCUACAACAAUUGUUUUAUGCAAAACGCUUGCAGAUGAAUUUGGUUGUACCCUAUACACGAUUUAUUAAGGAUAAAAUGACACAAAUUAUAACACUUCCAUCAGAAAAACAAGAUAUGGUAUAUCAAUUUCAGAAGGAUUAUAACGACUUUGAAAAUGAUUGGCGUGAUGUCAAUCUAACAAAAAAUGAAUGGCAUUGCCGAAUUAAAGAAUUACAAGACAAAUUAUAUAAAAUUUGCGAUGAAAGAAAAAUAUACGCAGAAAAACAAAGACAAUCUCUUAUUUGUGAAAAUUGGGCUGUGGAAGAAUUAACUACAUUAGCGAAUACCUACAUUUCAUGUAUGCAAACGGAAGUUAAUCAUUCUUUUCUCAUCUUUCAAGUCUUUCACGAUUUUUAUUUCGCAAUGAUAAAACGCUUGCCCCCAAACGACCGCUUGUCAUCAAAGGAACUUUCUAAAAUAUUCAGAGACUCUGAUGAAACUUCUGGAAGUAAGAAGGGAGGUGAAGAUAAAUUGUACAGACAUUUAAAGAAUGCAUUUCAGGAGUUACAAUUAAAAAAUAUAGAAAUUGAUUACAGUAAUAACCCCUUUAAUAUGGUGUUGGAAAACAAUGCAAAGUUUGCUCUUAAGGUGAUCAAAGAUACAAAUGAUUCGUAUCGUUCUCUAAUUGCUCGAGAAUAUAGUGAGGUUUCAAGGAAUGUAACAGCUCCAAAGAAAAGAGACGAAAUUUCAUCGAACGAAUCGGUUAAUGAAGAGGAAAUAUUUAAGCAAAAUGCUCUGAAAUGCAUUGAAGAAUGGUCAAUGGCUAUUAAUGGAGAAAUGUUCCGGCUGAAUAGACGUAUUUUAGCACUACAAUAUAAAUGUUUCCAAGAUAUGAAAUUAUUCAAUGAUUGCAUUUACAAGGCAUUUAUGGACAUUCAAAAUGAAAUUAAUAAUUAUUACGCCAAUGAAAUAAAGUCUGUUGAUCGUCUUUGUAAAUACAUGCAGAUGGCCGUCGAAGGAGGUAAAAGAAUUCCAGAAAGUCUUAUAUUAGAACAUGACACAUUUGUUAUAGACCCUAACUUACUACAAUUUGAGCCUGAAAGUGUUGGAGAUAACAUUAAAAAUGAUGUAAUAAGUGAAACAGAGUUUAAAAUAGGGCAGUUGGGUAGAUUAAGAUCGCAACUUAAAAUAGUAGCACCCGUAGGUAUUGCCCUACAACAGGCGUUUGUAUAUGUAUUACAAGAUUUUAUAAUAUUUGGAAAGGAAUCGUGCGAUGGACCAUUGUUUCCUCAAGCUUGGAAACAAAUUGACCCUGAACAGGUUUUAAAACUUACAUAUUUGUUAUUUGGGGAGACAGCAUAUGUGGACUGGAGAGAUUUCCUAAUUUAUUGCCUAAAUGUUAGGUUUCCUUCAGUGGAUGAACUAUUACGUUUGCGUAAGCGUUUCCGGUGCUACGACCUUGAAUCUACAGAACUAAUAUCUAGGAAUGACUUUUUGGCUGAAACACUUUGGUUUGAAAAAGAACUGGAUUGCAUCGACAAUUUAGGCUUGCGAAUCAAUCUCAUAAAACAUUUUUUGUUUGAACUCUUUGAAACCGCUGAAGACGUAAUGAACUAUUCUGCAUUCUUACUAGCAUUCUGUAAGAGUAAUAAUCCUAUUGAAGGAUUUGCAAAGGCUCUAAGUAUGGCAGUUGGUAAAAAAGUUUGUUUCUGCUGGGAGGAAUGCAAAGAUGUUAUUUGUGAACUUAUAAAAGUUAAAAUGUACAAAGACGAAUGCUUAGCACGCGCAUUAGAAUCUACGAAUCAAUUUAUUGAAACAGUGCUAACGAAUGUUAUCAACACAUGCGAAGGCACUACUUUGAUUGAGUUAGAAUAUACAGAGCCUUUGCCAGAUACGGAAAAGAAAGGAAAAAAGGGUAAAAAAGCGAAGAAACUCGAUAGCCCCCAAAGUGCUCGAAUACCAAAAUCACAGAAGAGCCUUGUUAGUCGUAGUAAAAUGGCGCAAUCAGUGACAGAUGUAAAGACGACAUUUAUUUGCCCACCUUGUGAGGCAGAAGUGGAAACGGUUGAGGAAAAACCACCAGAAAAGGAAGAGGUACAGGAGGAAAAGAGAGAGGUACCACGGCCAGAUCCCAAUUUGGUAUAUGCUGUUAGUCAACAAACUAUUUGGAAUAUACUCAGAGUUUGUCUGCCUUGGCAUUUUGAACUGCUACCUGAAGAGAGAGUUACACAGUAUGUUAGAGAAUUACGUGAAAUAUUGUUAAAGCUUGAAGUUGACACUGAUAAUAAAGAUAUUUACGUAGCCAAACUCGUCACUGAGCCCGCAAUUUGCAAAAUAUUACAUAAAACUAAGAAAUUUUACGCCAUCAAUAUAAAUGAAGAGAUUCAGAAGGUGUUUCUGUAAGUAUUGCUUAGUAAACGUUAUGUCCAAAUUUUUCAAUAUUGAU